AUGCAUAGAAAUUGUACAUCUUCUAAAGUUAAAGUUGAGAUAGAUGAAACACAUGAUUCCUACUACGAGUCCACUAUCGUAAUAGAAGAAAAUAAACAGCUUGAAGAGCUGCUCAAAGCCUUUGAGGGAACAACAGAACCGAAUUUCGUGGAAAAACCAUGUAAUAGUUGUGCACCAACCCUAAACGAAAACGAUCUUCAAAAAACACCCAAACACAAUUAUUACAAUGUAAGAGAAACGGACGACGGGACGAUAAUCACAGAAGAAGUAACUUUACUGAACGGAUGUCGUUUUGAGUCUUUUAUUGAAGUGGAAAAAAGAGAGCUUGUUGUCGAAGAAACAAUGGACAGCGAUUUGGACGAAACGCCGACACGCUUUGUUUGCGACGUGUGCCGCAGGUCGUUUAACACCAAAAAAAAAGUGGCUCAACACAUAACACAAUCACACAGAACUCAAGAAAACAAAAAUUGCCUAAACACACCAUCUCCCCGAAAACCUAACUCUAAACAUGGCGAGCAGCAUACUGAAGAGUUUAACAUAAGUAACAAUCGAAAAUACAAAAGUGGUUUGUGCUUUAAGUCAUUGUCACAAACUGAGGAAACGUCUAACACGUGUAACGUAUGCUCUAAAACAUUUAAACAGAAAUCCUACCUCACAGGGCACAAACGAGUGCACACUGGUGAAAGGCCAUACAAAUGUAACAUAUGCCAGAGGACAUUUUCCUAUAAAUGCAACCUCACAGUACACAUAAGCAGGCACACUGGCGAAAAACCCUACAAAUGUAACGUUUGCUUCAAAUAUCUUACCACCAAAGCCAGUUACAAAAGACACACACUUUUACACUCCGGUAAUCCUUAUACAUGUAAUGUGUGUCCAGAAAAGUUUUCACGGAAAGCCCUCCUCAAAUCACACAAAAGCGUGCACACCGGUGAAAAACCUUACAUGUGUAACAUUUGCUUAACGUCGUUUGCCUAUAACUGCAACCUCAUAGCACACAAACGCAAGCACACCGGUGAAAAACCUUACAUGUGUAACAUUUGCUUAACGUCGUUUGCCCAUAACUACAACCUCACAGUACACAAACGCAAGCACACUGGCGAAAAACCCUACAAGUGUAACAUUUGUUUCAAAUGUUAUAAGCGAAACACCAGCCUCAAACUUCAUCACAAAAAAGUACACACUGGCGAAAAACCCUAAAGGCCCUAAAAACUGUCUAA